AUGGCAUCUCAGCUGUUGCCAUCGUAUGGCAAUGAUGAAAAUGAUCAGGGGCUAUUUACAAACAGAUCUGUUAUGAUGGCCAAUUUUGAAGAAUGGAUCAAGAUGGCUACUGAUAAUAAAAUUAAUCCAAGAAAUAGUUGGAACUUUGCUUUGAUUGAUUAUUUCCAUGAUUUGAAUGUUUUGAUGGAUGCAGAGAAUAAAAUCAAUUUCCAAAAGGCUUCAGCUACAUUAGAUGGGUGUGUUAAAAUCUAUGCUUCCAGGGUCGAUUCGGUUAGCGAUGAGACAGGGAGAUUAUUGAGUGGAUUGGCUCAAAGAAAAACAAAGGGGAAAUCAAACUCUGAUUCUAAUUCCAACAGCAAUAUUAGUAAUAGUAGAAAUAACGAUAGUUCUCGAGGGACUAAUUUGAAUGGAGAAAGUGAUAAUAAUGAUAAUGCAAAUGAUCCUGAAGGUGGUCUUCCGAGACGUUCUGACAUCAAUAACGAUAGUGAUGUUGAUUUUGAUGAUAAUCGUGAUGAAGGGAAAAGAUCUUUUAGACAUGCAAGGAUAUUAGAGACUACACUAGUGGAAUUCGAUGCAAUUAAAAUGAAAUACUUGGACCAAGAAUUAAAUAUUGAUCCUCUUUUUAAAAAAGCAUUGGUUGAUUUUGAUGAAGGUGGUGCGAAAAGUUUACUUUUAAAUACAUUAAACAUUGAUCCAUCCGGUAGAGUCAUAUUUGAUGCUACUAUUCAAGAUGGAGUUGCUGAAUCUGAUAAUAAUAGGAAUGCAAAUGAAAAUAAUAACCCUGAUAAUAUAACCUCUGCGUCAGAGAUGGAUGAGAAUUCCAAACAGGAAGAUAUAAAAGAAUCAGAAAAUUCACAUAUAUAUAAUACGUCUAUUAUUGAAGAUGAAAUACUGACCCUGGGCAUGGAAUUUCUUAAAUUUAAUAAAAUUACGGAAUGUGAAAUAUCUUCCUCACUGGGUCAAUUAAGAUCUUUAGUAGAUGAUAUAAACAAGGAACAAUCUUUUAUUGAGACAAUUAAUAAUAAGAGUGAGAAUUUUCUUACUGAACAAGAAUUGGCAGAAGCUAUACCGACAAAUGAUAUACCUGAUUUAAAUGAUGAUGGGAUUCCAGAUUUAGAGUAUUCAAUGUUGCAAGAUGAAAUGGACGAAAAUAGCAUCACAAAUGACCCUAAUAGUAAUAUAACUACCACAGAUAAGCACCACAACAAUAAUAAUAUUCCUACAAAUCCAAAAGAAGUUGAUGAAGUUGAUAAUUUGAUAAGUGAUUCACAAAUAAGUAAAAACAAUAAUAUAUCUACAAUAGUUGAUCCAGAUGGUACAAUUACGAACGGAUUAAUUGAACAAGAUUUGAUGGCAUACUUUGAUGAAACGAUGAAAAAGAAUUGGAGAGGCAGAGAACAUUGGAAAGUCCGCAAUAUCAAAAAAGAUUUUCUACAUCAAACAGAAAACAAUGAUACGAAAAAUAGUAUAACUGACACCUCUAAAUCAUCAGAAGAAAAUCAAAAUGCUGAAUCUAAAGAUAAUGAUAAAGUCAUAUCGGACAAUAAAUCAAAAACAGGUGAAAACCACAAUCCUAUUUGCAACAACAAAAAUAAUAGUAAAAAAAAACAACCACUGGAGUUGGACUUUUUUACCUUCGAAGACGAUCUAGAAGACAAAAUAUUUGUAAAACCAAUUAAACCAUCUAUUAUUGAACUACCACAAAGAUUAAGGAUCGAAGAUUCGCAUUAUUUAUUGCCUGAUGAUUAUCAUUUUACCAGUGAAAAAAUAGUUAGAUUGUUUAUUAAGCCUGAACAGAAAAUGAGUCUAUUUAAUUCAAGAAAAAAAAAUAGGCCUUCAACAAGAUAUAAUUCUACUAACAUAAUCAAUGAAGAACAUUCUAUGUCUACAAAUAAAAGGGCUGUUACAGGUGAAGCACCAGAAAUUGCAGAUGAAAAUUUCUGGGCCGAAAACUAUAGAAGAAAAGAACAGGAAGAUAAUGAAGGUUACAAUGAAGAUGGAGAUGAUGAGAAUGUUAGGGGAGCAGAGGUGGAAAAUCCAUUUGAUGAAGAUAAUGAAAAUGGUAUCGAUUUCAAUCAGGCCUUUGAUAAUGGCGAUGACUUUGAUGAUAAUGAUGUCUCUGAUCACAAGACUGAAGAAGAUUUGCUGAAUGGGGAAUCUAAGCUACAAAGUAAGGAUAAAAAAAUAACAUUUGCUCGUGUAGCAAAAAGAAUAGAUGUAAGAAAAUUAAAAAAUAAUGUUUGGAAGUCGAUAGUAACUUUAAUAGCACUCUCAACUGAUGAUUCAAGUUCGACUUUUACCCCUGGAAAGGAAAAUAGUCAAGAUAUAAUUAAUCUAAAAUUUACUGAUAUAUCUCACGAACUUUUUAAAAGGUAUACUGCAGAAACUUUCAAGGAUAUAUCAACUAGUUUCCAAUUUAUCUGUCUAUUACAUUUAGCAAACGAAUAUGGUUUUCAAGUUAAAAAGAUUGAUACACUUGAUAAUCUUGAAAUAGAGAUUGAUAGAUCAAAGUUAUCACAUAGUUAA